UGAAUCGCUUCCUGUUGCUGGAGGUUCACCUGGGACGGCCUCGUGCUUACCGAGCCACCGGCGGCUGCGCUGCUCUCACCUGUGCGGGGCUCACCGCACUCUGUGUGACGUGUGUGUGUGCGUGACGUCAAGGCAGCGCGCGGGACGCCCCGCGGCUCAGGUGAGGCGGAAGUGAGUGAGAAGCGAGCCGCGCGCAGCAGCUCACCUGUCCGCAGGAAGUCCAGCUCACCUGCCGAGACAAUGAACAACCCCAUCCCCUCCAAUCUGAAGUCGGAGGCGAAGAAAGCCGCCAAGAUCCUGAGAGAGUUCACCGAAAUCUCCAACCGCACCGGACCGGACAAACUCAUCCCAGCUCAUGUCAUAGCGAAGGCUCAGGGCUUAGCCAUCAUCUCCGUCAUCAAGGCGGGCUUCAUGAUCACGGCUCGCGGCGGGAGCGGCAUCGUCAUCGCCAGACUCGCCGACGGACGUUGGUCAGCGCCGUCCGCCAUCGGCAUCGCUGGAUUAGGAGGAGGCUUCGAGAUCGGAGUGGAGGUGUCAGACCUGGUCAUCAUACUGAACCAGCGGCGGGCGAUCGAGGCGUUCACUAAGGGGGGGAACCUGACGCUCGGGGGGAACUGCACCGUCGCCGUGGGACCGAUGGGCAGGUGA